CUCUGGCUCCUUUUCCAAUUUCAUUCAUAAAAUGCAGCAGCAGCAUCACUCCACCAUUUUCACUCUAGCCUCGUGUUGCUUGGCAACUGCAGCACAAAAGGAAAAGGGUAAGGGGGGUGUAUGUCUGCUCUCUAACCAUUUUUAUCAUAGUGGGAAAGGACUAACUCCCCCAUCCAUCUAUCCAUCUGUUACCUCUGCCUUCUUGCAUGUCUGAGCUCUUUGGCUCAUUGAAAAAAAAAAAAAACAGUCUCCCGUGUGCAUUAUCACAUUUGGCAUAAAAAUCCAUAUGCAGCAUUAAAUCGUCUUCCAGUAGCAGUGCUCAAACAACUGAAUCGACUGGAAAUUGGUAAACAAAACCCCCAUUUUUUUUUUUUUUUUUGGUUACUAUUCUCUCUAUUUCAAAGUAUAUGAUUAAUCGUUAUGAUCACUCACAAUAAAAACGUACCACAAAGUAAAUGGUCGGUUUAAAAACAACAGGGCUUUGGUGAUUUUCAAUGUCACAGAAAUGCAAGGCAUUUAAUGAGUAAUUUCUCUGUUUAGGCUGCUUUUACAUAACAGAAGGUGGCUGCAAAGCACUAACAUGGUGGUGUCAGACCCUGCAGUAGCUGAGAGGAAUCCUAUUCAUAGAAUCUGUGUUUGUUCAUACCAUAGGUCCCUUUCAAAAUCUUUCAUUUUUUUUUUUUUUUAACUAACACACGCUUAAAUUGUUAUUUGGAUGAUCUAUUCAGAUGCAAAGUUAUGUAAAAUGGUUCCCUUUUGAGGAUCCUGAUAAUAAAGGGCCCUUGGUCAUCUGCUGUGUGGAACCUGUGGGUUAUCCAGGUGUUUGAGAGGGGGUGGGUGGGGCAGCUGGAGGAGAGAAGACUGUUGGACAGAGAACGUGUGAUGCAGUGUGUUUCCAUCGUGUCACCUAUUGCCUUUUAUUUCCCGGGAUUACUUUCCCAGCAAAUAAACUCAUCCUUCCAUCCAUGCACACCAGUCUGCGAAAUGUUUAGAAGUCCUGCCAGCCAGCCCGCGCCGCGCGUGCGUGAAAUUCUGACCAACUUUUCUAAAAAUAGCUCGCGGUUGACGUCACUUAGCCAAACGUGUAUCAGUCACUUGGCGGCGAUGGUGAGGUGGGAGGGGGGACCUUCGUGUCAAUCUUCGCUGACAGCCAAUAAACAUCCUCGCAUCCACUAAGGUUCCCACGGUUCGUCCGCUUCGAGCCAAUGGAGGACGGGAACCAAAGAAAGUGGGCACGUACGUCGUCGGGAGGAAAAUAAUCGGUGACGUUCCUCUCGCUCGCUUUUGUGCAGGGCGGUGGGACGCUGCUGCUGUUGAUCGAUUGCGAAGAGCCAAUCAGAGGGCUCCUCGCCACAUCCCCGUGGAGAGGCGACCAAUCCGCGCACUUGCGUCAGCUGUCAAUCAACCCCGGAUUCUGUCGAGUGGGCGGGACGUCCUCUCGGCUGUAGUUCCGUCAUCCCGCUCGUCUCCGAGGCUACGGGGGGCCAAUGUUGAUUUGGGUGAAUUCCCAUCGUUGUCGGACCCCACCGAGGUUUAUUUUUUCAAAAGCUGGCUUCUGUGACGAAAAGUGGCAAGCACUCGACUGAGAAUAUCGCUGCCUCUGGCAUCGUUUUUUGGGCUUGGGGAGAGGUGGGGAGCCGAGGGGGCUCGUUCGGCGGGGGCUGCGAGGAGGGACAGGCGAAGACUGGAUCCUCCGUGUUCAGGCCAACUGCGCCGAGCUCGGCCCGACGGUCCAGCGGUCCAGCGAAGCCCCAGCGACCCAGAUACCUCGGCGACAGCUCCCCGUGGAUUUAAGCUCGGGGAUAUCGGUCUCUGGCUGUGGAUGACCGUGGAGCGAGUGCGCCCGCUUCAAGACCCCCGUCUCUCCGCGGCACCGCAUCAGCAGCUGUCAAGCCGAUAAAGACCCGCAGCUCGGAGACAGCGUUGGGUUUCUGCUGGGUUCAGGAAACGCCGCUCAGACCUAAUCGAGAUUAGACCGGCCGGAGGGGGGGCUGCAGGGCGGCCGAAAAGCCACGGAUCGCCCGUUGACAGGUUGUCAUCAUGGGCAACGCGCCCACGGCCAGGAAAGGCAGCGAGAUGGAAAGCGUCAAGGAAUUCCUUGCUAAAGCCAAAGAGGACUUCCUCAAAAAGUGGGAGAACCCUGCACAGAACACUGCUUGCCUGGAGCAGUUUGAGAGGUUGAAAACCCUGGGCACGGGCUCGUUUGGCCGUGUUAUGCUGGUGAAGCACAGAGAAACGGGACAGCAUUAUGCCAUGAAGAUCCUCAACAAGCAGAAGGUGGUGAAGCUCAAGCAGAUAGAGCAUACUCUGAAUGAGAAGAGGAUUCUUCAGGCUGUCAGCUUUCCUUUUCUGGUGCGGCUAGAGUACUCAUUCAAGGACAACACUAACCUCUACAUGGUGAUGGAAUAUGUACCAGGUGGAGAGAUGUUCUCCCAUCUACGGAGAAUUGGCAGAUUUAGUGAGCCUCACGCUCGGUUCUACGCUGCUCAGAUCGUUCUGACCUUCGAGUACCUGCACGCUUUGGACCUGAUCUACAGAGACCUGAAACCUGAAAACUUGCUCAUAGACCAACAGGGCUACAUACAGGUUACAGAUUUUGGCUUCGCCAAACGUGUAAAGGGCCGGACCUGGACACUGUGUGGCACCCCUGAAUACCUGGCUCCAGAGAUUAUUCUCAGCAAGGGUUAUAACAAGGCAGUGGACUGGUGGGCGCUGGGUGUGCUCGUCUAUGAGAUGGCAGCAGGUUACCCUCCCUUCUUUGCCGACCAGCCCAUUCAGAUCUAUGAAAAGAUCGUAUCAGGGAAGGUGCGUUUCCCAUCUCACUUCAGUUCAGACCUGAAGGACCUCCUGAGGAACCUGUUACAGGUGGAUCUCACAAAACGUUAUGGAAACCUCAAGAACGGGGUCAACGACAUCAAGGGGCACAAGUGGUUCGCGACAACUGACUGGAUCGCCAUCUACCAGAAAAAGGUGGAAGCUCCCUUCGUCCCCAAAUUCAAAGGACCAGGCGACACCAGCAACUUCGACGACUACGAGGAGGAGGAGAUUCGCGUCUCUUUCUCUGAGAAAUGUGCCAAGGAGUUUGCUGAGUUCUAGAGUUAGAGAGCGAGAGAGGAAGAAGGAAGGAAGUAGGGAGAGUCGAAGGUAGGCUGGUCGAGUGGGAGACGUAACGAGAGAGUACCGUCUCCUGUCCAAUCACAAGCACCAGCUACAAAAAGAGGAAAAAUGGGAUAGAGGAAGGAAAAAGAGCAAGGAGACUGAUAACCAGCAGUGUUGCCUUUUCUGUUGUAUUUUAUUUAUAAUUCUGUCAUAUUUAUGGAUCCCUUUAUAAUGAAGGUGUGCUUGAAAUUCAUGGGUGUCGGGAACCCCACUAAUUUAGAGUUGCCUCUACACAUUUUCAUGUAAUAUUUUCCCUUUUCUUUUAUCGUUUCGUUCAUCUUUUAUUCAUUUUUGCUCCACAACAUGGGGAAAUCGGUUUGUUCUGAUCUUCUCCGCUCUCUCUGUCACUACAUGAAGCCUGAUGAGUCUUGUGCAAAUUUAGGUCAAACGUAUCUCGAAUUUAAAGUAAUAGCUAUUUCUUUGCUUGAUGAGCAAGAAGAGCGUUUAAGUGAAAUGAAUGGCAUACACACAUGUACUUUGUUAGGUCACUUCACGUUUUGCAGUUUUGCUUUUAAUUUUUCUUCUAAUUUUUAAACGUUGUCAUAUCAUUAGGGGCAUGAAGGGCCAAAGGAAAAUCAGACACACUGUGUCCUCAAACAAAAUUCAGUCGAAGACAGAUAAGACUUAAAGGAAAGAAAAGUCGAUUAUGUUUACUCUGUGACUUCAUCUGUUGUUCUUAUCAUUGUUAGCAUAGGCAGACGUAGAGCAUAGCUGCAGUACUCCAUUUUUAAAUGUUAUUAGAUACAGGCGGCUCCAAUGAUAUCACAUCAUGAUUACAACGCGGAAAUACGAAUAGGGGAACGGAAUAAUCUCAGUUUAUAUGGUGUUGUGAAGAAACACUGCAACAUAAUGGUAUCUCAGGUUUGAACAUAUCACUCAACAGACAUAUUAUCAACGUGAAGUGUUGGGAGCAGCAGGUAAAUCUUGCGAUAACGAUUUUGGAAUUUACAGUAACUGGUAAACAUUAAGAGGAACAAAAGAGAAUAUUUAGACUAUUGGUUAGCGUCUUCCACGGUCUGCCCUUCCAGAAGAUUUGAUUUUCCUGACUCGACAACUCUGUUCUAUCAUGAUAUCAUGCACUUCCUGUCUCAGCUCACUUACACGUCGGAAUGAUUCUGCUUGUUCAAACAACCAUUUGGCCCUUUACAGCAAAUGAAAGAGACCACCUGAGGCACAUCACAACUGUCCAGCUGUUUCUAGUCGGUGGUCGUCAGAGGGCUAGAGCCAGUCACUGAUGUAUGGAGGGCCAUUUGCACAAAUAACAUCUUCAAGAUCUCGUAUUUAGGCCACAUUGAAAUUCGUGUUGACAGGUCUGACCCAGUACUUUACAUUGGGAUUUGCAUCAGCGAUGCUGGACGACACCAGGCGGUGUGGAUACAUGACAGACGUGGACUCGUUACAGGAAACUUUGUACACUGCAAACAAAAUUAACAGUGUGAAACCAGAGUGGAAGUUUCAGAGGUACAUGGUGAACACGAACAUGGAUUGUACGAGACCAUUGACUUUAUAUACAGAUGAUUAAAGUCUUGUGACGUAGGAUUUCUGAAGAGCAUUUGGAAGCAAUUUUCAUUGACAGGAUCUGACUCACCUGAACGCCUGACUGAUUAAAAAAAAACGGUCAACGAUGUGUGAAGGGAGCUAGGCGACUUACGUCUAGACCAACAGCUGGCUAUCUCUGAGGCCAUGCACCUUUCAGUAUAAUUUAAACGGGAGACUUAUAUAAAAGUUAAAGGUAUAGUCUCUGUGGCAGGUUGUACACAUGUUUAUUUCUGCUUUUAUGUUGGGUAUGUUAGCGUGUAGGUCCAUGGAGACUGAUUCGCUUUUGAAGCCACCCUCAAGUGGCCAUUUGAGGAAGUGCUGUUUUUGUCAUUUGAUAUGCUUCAUUUUUCCACCCUGGGGGUUGCUAGCAAAAUCUAAUUAUCUGUGCCAAUAUUGAACUUGAAUGUGACGAACAGUGCGUCAUCACGAUGACAAUGACUGCAGGCACAAAGCUGAGCCAUAUGUCAGCGUAAUAUUUUGGGCUCGCAAGCUCCAGCAGCAACUAUUUUUCAAAUAUUGCUGCCUCAGACUUCCUUUUCAGCACCGCUAUUCGACAAAAAUAGAGAAACCUGUUGCUUGAGAAUCGUUUCCGUGUUUAGGUUCCUAAUGUACCGUCUAAGAAAGAGAAAUCUAUCUACCCGUAAGCACACAUUUGAAUGUCAUUUCAACACAAAAUUUCGGAGACGUUAUUUGUGCAAAUGGUCUCCCUGGCUGUUUCGUAGUCUGGAUGGUGUGCUUAUAUAAACACAUGUUUAUGUUCACCCCCCCCCCCCCCCCCCCCCCAUCACCCCUACUCACUCCAAAAGUGGGACCACGCUUUACUUUAGUCUUACACAUGGCAGCAACUCUGUUACUAUUUGUGUGUAUAAAACACGCGCAGUUUGAUUUUUUAUUUUUUUUUUCUUCCCCAGGUUGUUUUUUGUGUGGUGGUGAUGAUGUAAAGAUGACACUCCAUUGAAUAUAUUAGCUAAAGGUAGAGCACCUGGAGAGAUAGAGAUAGAGCUAAAGCUGAGAGUAUUCUUAGAGCACGGUACACAACCUGCUGUUUUGAGUAUACAACAAAUAGCACUUUGGGUGUUGAGCGUCUCCUUAGUUCCCGAACUGUGGUGGCAGAAAUCUUAAUGCCCAAAGUGAUGGUCAUUGUGGGAUUUGUUCAUCCAGAAUUUAUCAAAUAAAACCAAGUGACACCGGUGUCUGUUUGAGACAUUAAAAGGCCUUCUUUAUAGCUGUAAUGUAACGUGCCACCAUGAUGUUGAUAUCCUAAUUUGUUCAGGCGCCUCGGUUUUUCCUCACCGCGUUAAACUCUGCGCAUGUUUCAGUCAGUCCCUCCAGUGCGAAACGGCUCAGAGUGACGUAUCGAGCCUUUUGUCAGGAUCACACAUUUGCGUAAUUGUUUGUGUGCACCAUUUAUGAUAUGGAAUGAUCUUUAAAAUGACCUAGCGUGAAGGAAUUUGCAGGCCAAGAUGUUUCAUAUUCUUUUUAGUCCAUCGUGGUUCAGUGUCCAUUACCUGCUAUGAGGGCCCUCUAUUAGGACACCACUCCUCCCUCUAUAAAUGGCCCCACAUUUACAGUGUGGUAAUUUAACUGAGACGCAGAUUCAUUUAGGCGUGUGCACCAUAAAGACACAGUACCUGCAGAAGCACUGAAGGGGGCAACCCCUUCACUUCAGUAGUAGUUGCAACAAACCUGUGACAGGCGAGAUAUCCUUUUGGUGCCUUGUUUGCCUAACUCCCACAUCCUUUAAACCCAAACUGUUACACAGGCUGUCUUUUAAAAACGUCUGGCUGAUGUGGCAUAUUUAUUCAGGGCUCGCUGAAAUCCGGAAAUGAAUGAGCUUUGACGCCUAAUUUCCUCAAUAAAAUUGUGUGUAUUUCAAACACUAUACAUGACAUUCACACACAUUGCGUAAUACAGUCCAGAGUAAGUGGUGAAUAUUGUAACACGGGUUAUGUUGUUCAGAGAUGGGACCCCUUAAAGUCAAACAUCAUGCUGGAUCCACCUUAAGGAGUCUUAAAAAGUGUCUUGAAAUCGCGCCUCAGGGUGACAUGCUCCCUGGAGUUUUUAGUUAAAUUACCACAGUAAAGAGCGGCUACGAAUGAAAUGGCUCUUAGAAAAAAUGAAAUAUGGGACCAGAGAGGGUAUCCAUUUACUAUCUUUAUUUUAUUCAUCUGUUUCCUGCUCGACUGGUGAGCAUAGUUUCCACUUCUUUCUAAUCCAGAUGUGAAAAGGCUGAAAUUAUCAACUUAAGUUUAAAUUCAAUUUGCAGAAAAAAAAACAUUAAUAUUAUUAUGUUAUUUAUUGCAUUGUUCACAUCACUUGUUGAGACUUCACACUCGCUGUAUUUCCUCCAGGUUUAACGUUGGCUGUAUCAUCGUGGACAAGAUGUUUGAAGCUAUGAUACGAUAUUAAUACGUGUCUCCUUGAUGUUUUUUGCAGUGAUACAACUUCCUCUCAAUGCAGGCACAAUGCUGGUACAUGCUGUCGCACUUUUUAGGGAAAUGAGACCCCAUUGUAAACCAUGUUAACCCCUGCAACAAACACACACACACACACACACACACACACACACACACGGACACGGACACACACGCCGCAAAGGGAAACGUCUGUCACAGAAACAGUGACAUAAAAACACGAAGUGUAAUAUUUUGCAACAUGAGUAUCAUUCCAAUAAAGUUUUACUUGUAAAAUUC